AUGCUUAGGAUGACCGACUAUGAGACAUUCACCCCAACAUCAUCUAACGAGUCGCUGCAGCUGGACGAGGCCAUUGCGAGCCAAGCACAGUUCGUCACUGCACAGGUCAAAUCCAUUGAUUUUGAACAUUUCCACCAAGCCUGGCCCCUUCUACAUGUUCCUACCUUUGCACCCGAAAAGCAGACAGAUCUGUUGACAAGUGCGGUGGUCAACCUAUCAAUGUGGAUACAAAGCACUAGUUGUCACCAUCUGGUUCCAUGUGAGAUCAAUCGGGAACUAGCCAUGGCACUAGUGCUUAAAAUAACGGAAGAAACCUUGACAGAAAAGCAAUCGGCCGAUAUAACUUUACCAACUUUACAAGCACUGGUCGUCACCUUGACAUAUGCGAUUCUUGGAGAUGCAUCUGCAUCUACUUUGAAUUGGGCAGCACAGUGGACCGACAUCGCCAUCAUCACUUUCCGACGACUCGGUGUCUUGGAUGAUCGGUGGAACCCAGAACAACACCUACAAGCUGCCGAUGAGCGAUGGGUCCAGACUGAACAGAUGAAACGACUAGUAUACGGGGUUCUACGCAUUGAUACCUAUUUGUGCAUUAUCCUUGACCGACCCCCUACCAUGCGGUACCAGGAGAUAGGACUACCACUGCCUGUAUCAGACGGUCUAUGGCGAGCAGAGACUAGAGCGGAUAGAACAAACCUCGUUUGGUAUGAGCCGGCAGGCCGAACCAAAAAGGCCCACGAAGAACAUCAUCGAAACUACCGCUCGCCCGAAUUGAACCGCACAGCAGACCGAGUCAAGCUUUGGAAAGGCUAUCUCCAGGACUGGCGGGUCCACAUUGAGAAGACCAAGAAGCUGGAAGACGCAUUCUUCAGUGUAUGCAUAAGCGAUUGCAGCCAUUUUCUCGGUCUCAAUCUAACCCUGUACCACCUUCUUUGUCUCAAGCUGUAUUCCAAUAUGAGGCUGCUCGAGCAUAGCAAGUGCUGUUUGAGUUGCCCGGAAGCCAACAUCGAAAGGGUCAUCAGUAUUUGGGUCCGAUCUGCAGACGGUCGUCAGGCAGUCUACCACGCCGCUCAAUUGAAGCGUAUCUACGAGCGCGAGAGGAAUAUGUACGGACUCAACAACCAACGCCUGUGCAAUGCGCUAGGACCAGCGGGGCUGUUGAACAGCGCUAUUGUUCUAUGCACCUACAGCGCCAAAGCGUCGGGGGUUAACACGCCGGAGAGUCAUACCGUUAUGACAACGCCGGCUGAUGCAAUCGAGCUGGGGCAAUCGAAUUUGGUGGGCACGCCUGAGUUCGAGAACUGGAUCUCCCACGGAGGUCCCGCGACUGUGGACGGGAUCUCCUUAUAUUCUUUCUCGGUUCCCCGUUUCUCGUCGUGGUACCGCGAUCAGUUAGAAACUUGUCCUGUCUACUCGUCGCGGUUGAUUACCUUCCUUCUCACAUUGAAGUUCUGA